AUGCCCUUCGUGCUCGGGAGUGCGACAAGCCUUUAUAACCCCACGUCCUGGAUGAUCGCUGAGUCACCUCGUGCAGCCAUCGUCUGGACAUCUCGGCGGUGCGGAAUGGCUCUUAUCGCCCUGGAUGGCCUACUUGGCGCCUCUCUCAUUGGGGUGCUUGUUUCGGCCGUAGUGUUCGGCAUUACGUGCCUCCAGAUAUACUUAUACUUCACGGAACAUUCCCAGAACGAUUCGACCCUCUUGAAGGCAUUCGUUCUCAUCCUAUUCUUCUUGGAUACAUUGCACCUCGCGCUUCUCAGUCAUUCUAUCUACUUCUAUACUGUAUCAUGCUUCGGAGACUAUUUCGCUCUCACGGUUGCUACCUGGUCCCUCUUGGUGCAAAUACCAAUCAGCAGCAUCGUGACUUUAUCUGUGCAAUUGUUUUUUGCGUAUCGUAUCCACAAACUUAGUGAUGGCCAUAACUGGUGGAUGCCGCUGGCGAUCUGCGUACUGGCUGCAGGAGAGAUGGCGGCGGGCAUAGGCAUGACUACGGUUGGAUUCAUCAUCAGGAAAUUCGCCUUCGAAGAUAGAAUCGUCAGCUGGGCUGCGAGCGGUUUGACAGCGGGAUUUGUGUGCGAUACAAUGAUCACCACGGGAAUGGUACACUACCUGAAUCGAAACCAAUCACAGUUCCCGAGAACACAGAAAGCUGUCAGCAUGCUCACCAAUUAUGCGUUGAAUACGGGGCUGAUAACCACCAUCCUUGCGCUGAUUACUCUGAUCGUGCUUCUCACUCACCACGAAGAACUAAUCUACGCGCCGUUUUACUUCAUGCUCGCUCGCGUGUAUGCUUGUUCCUUCAUGUCCGCGUAG